GCGGAAGCGCGGAUGUGCCUGCGCCGUCCCCAUCCCUCAUUUCCGCUUCCCGUCCCGACCCGUCCCGGCGCUUCCCGCCACCCGUAUCUCCGAGGAAAGGUCGCCCGCGGGGCUCGCCAUCCGCCCGCCAGGAUGUCGUACAUGCUGCCGCACUUGCACAACGGGUGGCAGGUGGACCAGGCCAUCCUGUCGGAGGAGGACCGGGUCGUGGUCAUCCGCUUCGGGCACGACUGGGACCCGACGUGCAUGAAGAUGGACGAGGUCCUGUACAGCAUCGCCGAGAAGGUUAAAAACUUUGCUGUUAUUUAUCUUGUGGAUAUCACUGAAGUACCAGACUUCAACAAGAUGUACGAGUUGUACGAUCCCUGUACUGUCAUGUUUUUCUUCAGGAACAAACACAUCAUGAUUGAUUUAGGUACAGGUAAUAACAACAAGAUCAACUGGGCAAUGGAAGAUAAGCAAGAGAUGAUUGACAUUAUAGAAACUGUUUAUAGAGGAGCCCGCAAAGGUCGAGGUUUGGUGGUGUCGCCAAAAGAUUAUUCUACUAAAUACAGAUACUGACGUUUCUUUGGGCUGCCUUUUCUCUCAACUCUACAUCCACUUGAAUUUAUUAUUGCGUGUGUACAUAUAUGUAUAUUAAAAAAAACCCUACAAAUCCUUGAACUUUGAGCAUAAUUUGAAUUAUUUAAAAGGUUUAAAAUCUGUUUAAAAAGUAGAAGACUCAAAGCCUGUGACUGUCUUGACUGCAGUACUAUUGUAGCUGAACUUUGGGGUUUUAUUUUUUAAAGACUUUACUCUUUGUUCUCCUUUUGGUAUUAUGUAUUUUUGUACACAGAAAGCCUGUUUGGAGAAAAACAUUUUGACUGUUUUUGUCUGCUUUUGUUACAAAAAUAUCUGGGAAAACGAUAGCUUUUUAAAAGAAUAAAGUGAGAGUUCCACAUA